ACCCAGCUACCAACCCAGCAAUACCAUCCACUCAACUCAAGUCAAGUCAACCACAGCUAGCUAGCAAGCAUGGAGUUCGUCACUGGGGCGAUGAGUAGCCUGAUCCCCAAGCUGGGCGAGCUGCUGAAGGAGAAGUACAAUCUGCAGAAGAACAUAAGGGGGAAGAUCGAGUCUCUCUCGGCGGAGCUCCGGCGAGCGCAAGCCGUCCUCCGCAUGGUCAGCGAGGUGCCACAAGACCAGCAGAACGAGCUGGUGAAGCUCUGGGCGAGCGACCUCAGGGAGGCGUCCUACGACAUGGAGGAUAUCAUCGACGCCUUCUUGGUUCAUGUCGACGACGAUGGCCCCAAGCCAGCCGACCCACAUGUGCUCAGGCGCCUCGGCAAGCAGGUGAAGAAACUGUUCAAGAAGACCAAGCAUCGCGUCACCAUCGCGGACGCAAUCCAAGAAAUGGAAAAGAAGCUCCUGGAGAUUGAUGCAAGGCAUGGCAGAUACCCAGUUGAUAACAUAGUUAUCCCUGCACGUCCGACGCCUAUUGAUCCUCACAUCCUAAAUAUUGAGAAAAUGGCAAACAAUCUUGUUGGCAUUGAUGAGCCAAGGGAUGAGCUUAUUAAGAUGUUGUCCCAACAUGAGCGUGAUAACAAUCUUAAUACGUCCAAUAGGAAGACAAAGAUAGUAUACGUCGUUGGAAUGGGUGGUCUGGGCAAAACCACCCUUGCCACAGCAGUAUAUGAGAAGAUUAAAGUGGGUUUUCCUUUGAAUGCUUUUGUUCCAAUCGGUCAAAAUCCUAAUAUGAAGGCAAUCUUGUGGAACAUUCUUCAUCGAUUUGGCCUGGAGAAGUACCUGAAUUGUCCAAAUAUGGAGAUGUUGACUGUACAGGAGCUCAUCGGUGAACUCAAGCAAUUCAUCAAGGGAAAGAGGUUUUUUAUCGUUAUAGAUGACAUAUGGGAUAAGCCAUCAUGGCAAAUACUCGAAAGUGGUUUACAAGAUAAUGAUUACGGAAGUAAAAUACUUGUAACUACUCGUAAAUCUGAGGUUGCAACAAUUAUCAGCGAUGUGUACAAUAUGAAACCACUUUCUCAUGAUAACUCUAAAGAAUUAUUGUAUACAAGAACUGGUAGUGAAGGCAAAUCUCUUGACAGUUCAUCAACUGAGGCAUGUGACAAGAUUUUGAAGAAAUGUGCUGGUGUGCCAUUAGCUAUCAUUACGAUAGCUAGCUUGUUGGCUAGUAGAUCAGGUCUGGACUGGUCUGAGGUGUACAGAGCUAUUGAUUUUGGAGAAGACAACUAUGAAAUGGCAAAUACUAAAAGGAUAUUGUCUUUUAGCUACUACGAUCUGCCUUCACAUUUAAAGAAUUGUUUGCUCUAUCUAAGCAUGUUUCCAGAAGAUUAUAAAAUUGACAAAAAUCAUUUGAUAUGGAUAUGGAUAGCUGAAGGUUUUGUCCCUGAGAAACAAAACACAAAUUUAGGAUUAUAUGAGCUUGGAGAGAGUUACUUCAAUGAGCUGAUAAAUAGAAGCAUGAUGAUCCAGCCAAUUGAGAAUGAAUUUUUUGGGUGUAUAGAAGGUUGUCGUGUUCAUGAUAUGGUGCUCGAUCUAGCUCGUUCAUUGACAAGUGAACAAAACUUUGUCACUGUAUUGGAUAACGAUGAGCAACGGAAACCUGAAAGCACCAAUGCUCGUAGGUUGGUCCUGCACCGUACGAGUAUCACGAGCUAUCGAUUUGUUAAUAUGGAUAUGAAGAAAGUGAGGUCAUUUGUUGCCACUGAGUGCAAUAAUGGCAAUAAUAGUGUGGCACCACCAAGGUUCCAAGUUUUACGUGUGUUGUCCUUGGACAAAUGUAAUGGUAUGGAGGAUUAUUACAUAGAAAGUAUUUUGCAGUAUGCUGGAAGGCUGGGUCACCUGAGGUGCCUCCAGCUUUCCUCACACACAGAGUUUCAUAGGCUCCCUAAAGAAUUAGGAGAUCUCAAGUUUCUAAAAAUACUGGACUUGGGUGAUUGUGGCGGUACAAUAGAAGAGCUGCCGGAGGAGUUGGGUCUCCUGACACAUUUGUUGUGUCUACGUAUUCCUCGCAGAUUGGAGAUGUUGCCAGCUGGUUUGAUCGGAAAACUGACAUCGCUGCAAGAGCUAUGCAUAAGUCUUAUCGAAGAGGUCGCUGUAAGGCACUUUGUGCAGGAGUUGGGCAACCUCAGAGAACUGAGGGUGCUCUAUGCCAAAAUUUAUAUAGGGCUGAAAGAUGAGAGCAUGCAGAGAGAUUUUCUACAGUCCUUAGGCUGUCUACAUAAGGUCCACACUAUGAAUAUAUAUAGCAUUGAAGUAAGGGAAUGCACCAGACCAGAUGCAGCAGGUUCUGUGUCCUGUCCUCGGCUCUGGCAGCUGUCAUUGCCAUGCAUCAAGUUUUUUAGCCUACCUGUGUGGAUUAACUCAUCAACUCUUGGUUGCCUCUCGCAUCUAGACGUGAAAGUACAGGUUGUGAAAGAGCAGGACAUGGAAACCCUUGGAAGGCUCCCAAUGCUCUGUUACCUCAAAUUGGAUUCCCAAUAUACCAGGCUAAUAAGCAUUAAGAAGCCUGCUGAUGAUGGCUACUUCCAAAAAUUGAGAUUCUUUAAAACUCCUCGUUCAUUUGUCCGGUUUGAUCUUCAUGGUUGCGAGUCCAGCAGUGGAGCAUCUAGCUUCAUGCCAAGACUUGAACACAUUGAAUUCAGUGUCGAUGUUCGGUUCCUAAAAGAUGCAGCAGACCUGCAUGCUGGUCUUAACAACCUGCUUGCAGGCUUCAAUGACUUUGGAAGAACUUCGCUCAAGAGUGUCGACGCUAGGAUCCACUGUAAGGAUGCCCUUGCUGCGGAGGUGCAGGAAGCCGAGGUGGCAUUGGCAAAUGCAGCACACGGCCAUCCCAACCGUCCAGUCCUUCGAACUGAUAGGGCAUAUGAGAGGAUGAUGCGCUCACCUGAUGACGAUAAGCCAACAAGCUGGUCCGAUCAAAAAGUUUUUGAGAUACAUGUCUAUCCGUCGUCGAAUGACCAUCAUCGUUACCUUAGCUACCUCCGGUUGUUGAAGAAGCCACGCCUGGAGAAGCUUAUAGUCAACAUAUAUGUGUCCAAGGAUGGUAUGGUUGGGGAUGUGGAUGAAGCUGUGGCAGCUGCGAGGAACGUAGUCGACCAUCAUAUCAACCAUCCAACACUUGAGAUAAAUAGAAUGGAAGAAAGUAUUUCUGACCAACAUCAACAGGUCCCUGAAAAUAAUUGAGUGGCAAGCUGUUCAUUUGAAGGUUAAGAUUGGCACAGUGAUGGCACAAUAUUAAUGAAUCCGAGCCAGACUAGACGGGAAGCUGUCAUAGCAUUGACUAAUCUGUAAUCCGAUUUCAAAAUGCAGGAUAUUCGGAUCAAUUUCCUCAUAUGUCGUCUACUCUUUUACUUUCUGGUGCAUGUUUGAUUCUCUGCAUUUGGUCCAAGCAGAGGUUACAGCACAUUAUCAACGGAGAAAAUAACUGAAAAAAGGUGAUGAUAAACAGAAUAUUAUGGGUGCUGUAGCAUAAUUGACUCUGCACCUGAUCACCCUCCUCAUGGGUUGGUAAGCACAACAGCUUGCCAUCUUAUUGCUGUACAAUCUUUUGUGAAUGAUGAUAGGUGUAAUUGGAUGUGUGCUGGAGAAAAAAUGCUCAAUCCAAGUGACAAAUUGCGCACUUGUUUUGAUCUUUAAUUCCCUUUCAGAGUGAUCUACUCUAAGGACAAUCUUGGAUCACCCUUGGAUGAAAAACUUAAGGAUUGGAUGUUGGACAUUUUACCUUUGAUAGGCCUAAAAACUUCAUGUAUAUAUUAUAUCCAAACUAGAGGUUAUAAGUGUGUUUUGGCUAUGUGCAUCAUAGCUAUGCAAAUGCCGGGAGUAUGCUCAACAUAGUUGUAUCGCCUCAUUGUAAUUGACUGCGUUCAAUAAAAUCUUCCAUUAUCUAAAAAAUGGAAAGCUUCAAUCCACCAACAGAGUCAUGGCCACAUGAUUCCCUCAUUGGACACCGAAAGAUUCAAAGAAAGCAGACUUCAGGCUGUAAAAUUGUUUGUGAAAACCUUCAUGUUGCAUGAAUGCAAGAGUGACCUUGAAUA